AUGAAAUCAUCAGUUAUCUCUUUCCUUUGGCAAAGGAAUUUAGUGGAAUUACAAAAUGGAUUAAUAACACCACUCAAUGUACAUCUGGCAAUCGAUGGUGCAUCAGUUAGCAAUCGUAUGGAUAUAGUUCGUUAUCUCAUUGACUGUUUUAAGAGUGCAUCGCCUCCAAUUGUGCUUACAGUCAAUACAUUCAAUAUGGUAGCGAAUCACGGUGAUUUGGAUCUUCUCAAACAACUUUAUUCAUCAAAGACAGCCAUGUUGACGAGAGCACAUGGACUUGAUCACGCAGUUGACUAUGCAGCUUCCAAUAAUAACAUGGAUAUGGUGAAAUGGAUGAGUGAGAAUGGAAAGGGAGGAAGCAGUGGCAGGGCUUUGGAAAAGGCAGCGGCAAAAGGAUAUUUAGAGAUGGUCAGAUAUCUGAAUGAGAACCGAAGAUUCACAAUAUAUUCUAUUCGAGCAAUGGUCGAAGCUGCUGCCAACAAUCAUAUUGAUGUUGUGAAAUAUCUACAUCAGCAUGGUAAAGAAAGUUGUUCUGUGGAGGUAAUGAAUAUAGCGGCUGCCAAUGGACAUUUGGAGGUGGUGAAAUUUUUGGAAGAAAAUAGGAAUGAAGGCUGUGAUCAAAGAGCAAUGAACGACGCCGCAACUAAUGGACACUUUGAUGUGGUCGUCUACCUCUUUACUCACCGGCAACGAGAGUGUAAUCUUAUGUCUGCAUUACUGAGUGCAUCGAUCAAUGGACACAUGGAUAUCAUUAGGUUCCUUUUCCCCAAGGUAUCAUCAGUCGGUGAAGCAGACAUGUUAGAUUUAGUGAAACUUGGUUGUCUAAAUAGUAUUCGAUUAGUGCAUGAAAUGUGUGGUGACCAGUUGUUCAAAGGUAUUUUGGUGAAUUUGGCUAUUAAACAAAAGCAUCUUGAUAUUUUGGAUUUCAUUUACAACAAUUGCAAGAACAUCAACUAUUCGAAAUCAAUAUUUGAGCUUGCUGUUCAUACCUAUGAUUUGGAUAUAAUUCAAUUUGUCUUGAAUAUGGAUGUUAGCUAUCUAUAUGUAGAUACCUUCAAAUCUUUAAUCUCUGAAGAUAAAUAUCGUGACUCACUUGGUAUUAGAAUUUACGAUGUGAUAGAAAUGAUGGUGGAACGAUUUGUCUAA